GGUGAUUCUGGAGAUAGCUCAGAUAAUCUAGGCUUCAAAGUCGAUCUAAGAGUGGUUAAGGAUACACUUUCGAGAAGAAAGAAGGAAGCCGAUAAGGCUAACUGUGAAAUUUCGAGAAUUGACCCUGGACUUGUAAAAAUUACAAGCGAUAGAACAAAGUUGCUAGUUGAGUCAAAAGCUGUAUUAGAUAAAAUUGCUAAAGAAGACCCAAGAAGAGCGAAAGACAUCUCAGUCCCUGCCUUACAGCUUACCGGUAAUAUAUUAUUUCUUAAGGAGUGGAUGAUUCUUUUCUCUAACUCGUAG